AUGAAUGUCAUCAAAUCUGAACCAGGCAGCAAACAAAUCCCAUUGACGGAUGUUCCAUGUAAAACUCCAGAUAAGAACGUUAGUCCUGCUCGAAGAUCAGAUAGCCGCCCACCCCUCAAAGAGAAAAUAGCCAACUUACGACCAGUGACCAAGAACAGUGGAACAAUUAGUGAGAUCAAGAGGCAAACUAUCUCGCAGUUCUUCCAGUCGACCGAUCAGGGAACUGGGAGAUCUCCGCAAGAAAAUAAGCUUUUGAUUAAGACUGAGACCUCCACGAUGCCAUCGGUUGAAAAGAGUAUAACCGCACAGGCUUCUGCAAACAAGAAGACGAAGAACGAUUUAGAAAGCGACGAUUCGCCAGUUUCAAAGAAGUUGAAGGUGGACAAGCUUCAAGGCAAAGUCUUGAGCAUCAAAGCAGACUUACCGUCUACCUCACCUCUGGAGGCAAACUCGCCUAAGGCACGGAACGUAGAGAAACCACAAACACUCCCAAGUCCACCUUCCAAUCCAGGUUCUUUCCAACCUGUAACUUCGACAUUACACGAGGCUAAUGCCAAGACCGAAACCCGUGAAUAUUACGAUGAGGUCUUUCGCGAAGUCGAAGACCCCGAAGAGAAGAAUGCUUGUGUUAAGUUUGCCAAGAUGGAUUUGAAAACAUGGAUAAUGACGGGGCAAAUCUUACAGCAAGAGCAUCAACUGAUCUUGGCAAGGUUGAUCGAGGCUCGAAUGCGGUUGAGCGAAAAGUUUAAGGUGAUAACCGAUUUGAUCAACGACCGCGCCCUGGCGCUCAACGCCCAAGGACGAAUCUUGGAUCAAAAACUGCGUAAAAUCCAAGAUUUGGGAAAAGAGAUCUUGGACAUAAUAUGA